AUGUCUGGAGUAAUACAAAAAAGGAAAACGAAAAUAAUAAACGUUUUACAAAAUCCUGAGCUCAUGAGGCUCAUAGAAGACCCAUCAAAUCUGGGUAUUUCUUUACAGUUUACCAUAAGUUCAUUACUAAAAAGUAAUAAGUGCACGCCAAUGCCCAAGCUUUCUACGUAUAGUUUGACUGGCGGCGGCUUUAAGGAUUGGUGCGCGUGA